UUAAGUUGCUGUAAUCUGGGUUCCUUUUGUCAUCGUUCAAGAUGGGGAUGUUCAUGAGUUUCAUGGGAAACGGGCCUUCAUUAAAGAAUCUAUGGAUAUUGGAUUCGGUAACAGAUGAACUCUACAAGCGGUUCAUUAAGAAACCCAUUCUCGACUUUGAGGAUUUCCAUCUUGCCAUUCUUGAUAUUUUCAGCUCGUUCAACUCAUCGUUGCCCGGUAGGCAUUACGAUGUACCGCCACAGGAAGAUGUGGAGGCAUGUUUUAGAAAUUGGGAAGCAGCCCCAGAUUCAGAGAAGAAGAAGGUGUUUAUCGAUUUCGUGAAGAAGAACGCCAAGCUUAGCAAGCUGGAUGACACCACCGUCAUCGUCGGAUUGGUGACUCCACCGGCGGCCAUGGUUCUGAAGAGAGUCGGAGAGAACGUCCCACAGGUUAAGAAGAUCAAGGUCAUCCCUGAUUCCAUAUUUGUGCCCUCUGCGACACUGCUGGCGCUGGUCUCCGUUAGGCUCACCAGGAGAAUGUCGCCCGUGAAGAAAAGCUCCCAGUCUGAUAAAAAAGAUGAAAACGUCAGAGUUGUAUGUACAGAGUAUGUAGAUCCAAUGGUGGGCCCUGCGGUUGCAGAGGCAGCAAAGUAAUAAAUUCAAUUCAAACACUUGCUUGCAAUAAUUUGAACUGGGCCUCGGUUUUAUUAGUAGUUAAUAAAAGAAGAUUGGUUGAGAGAUCAAAACCUGGACCGACACAGAAAGAGUUGGGGUUGGCAAAUUGUCGGGGUACUAAGUGGAGCCCAUAAAUGAUAGAGUCAUGGGCUUGUAGGGCCCAUAAACAGUAUGUGGUACAUAAAGUUAUGGGAUUGUAGGGCCCAUAAACAUUAUGUGGUACAGGGA